AUGGAAGAGAGCGAGAAGGGGGAAGCACAUUUAACAUCUGCUGCGGCUUUCGUGGAAGGAGGCAUUCAGGAUGCCUGCGAUGAUGCUUGCAGCAUAUGCCUGGAAGACUUCUGUGACAGUGAUCCAUCAACUUUAACCACUUGCAAGCAUGAGUUCCAUCUUCAAUGCGUCCUUGAAUGGUGCCAAAGAAGCUCCCAGUGUCCUAUGUGCUGGCAACCCAUUUCCUUGAAGGAUCCAACCAGUCAGGAACUGCUUGAAGCUGUAGAACGCGAGAGAAAUAUAAGAUUGAAUCCACCAAGGAAUUCUGCCAUAUUUCAUCAUCCCACUCUGGGAGACUUCGAAUUGCAACAUCUGCCAGUUGGUAUAAAUGAAGCUGAACUCGAAGAGCGAAUAAUCCAGCACCUGGCUGCUGCUGCUGCAAUGGGACGGCGUCAUGUUUCUCGUAGAGAAGGUUCCCGGAAUAGGUCAUCAUCUCAAACUCAAAGCCGCCCUCAAUAUGUAGUGUUUUCUAGUCAUCACAAUGGCCCAGCCACUGGUCCAACUGGCGCUUCCCCAACCCAAAGAGGAGAGGUUGAAGCAGGUCCAAUCGCUACACUAGCGACACCAUCUUCUCCAGUCAGAGGGGCUGGCGAGUCAUCUCCCCUUCCAAAUAGCAGAGAAGCAUCUCCCCAAGUGGUUACACCAUUAUCAACAAGUGGCCAUGCCGGUUCACCCGCUUCUGGCUCUGGUGUUGGUAUCAGCCAACACCGAACUUCCUCAAACACUGGAUCUCCUAGUCAGUCUUCCCCAAAUAGCCAAGACAGAGCUGGGCCAUCUGAACUCCAAUCCAUCUCAGACUCCAUAAAAUCGAAGCUUAAUGCAGUUUCAAUGAAAUACAAGGAAUCAAUUACGAAGAGUACAAGGAGUUGGAAGGAGAGAUUUUUUUCUCGCAGCUCUCCAAUGGCAGACAUCAGUUCUGAUGUUAGAAGAGAGGUAAAUGCCGGAAUUGCAACAGUUUCUCGCAUGAUGGAGCGUCUGGAUUCCACAGAGAGAGAAGAAAUAACGAGCACUUCUUCGGCAUCAAACGCAGAGGUCGAUACUAAUUUAGUACGGGAAACCGAUCAUGAACAUAUAUCAGAAACUGGUGGCAGCGAACGCAUUCUAACAGUAACGAGUACCGCCACCAAUGCUCAUACUCCACCGGCUGCUGCUGCUUCUGCAGCAGCAGCCUUAGCCUUAUCUUCGGCCUCCCGCUGUAGUGGUGUUAAUAGCAGUCCCCACCGGAGCUACUUGCCGGUCUCUUCUUACCCCUUCAUUAAGCUCAAGAAGAUCAACUCUGGGAUUAGCACAAGAUCAUCAUUACGUGUAUGCUACGGCAGGUCAUCGUCUCCUUCAAUCACCCAUGUUCGAGUUAGCUGCCAAUCUGAGGCUCAGGCCACAGCAGCAGAGAGAGUAGAAGCGAGAACAACAGUAGGGAGAAGAAGGUGCUCACCAUUCCUGGAGAAGAGAUUGCUGUCGGGGACCGGACUGGAGAGCGAUGAAUGGACAAGUGUUGCAGACAUUUGGAGGUCUAGUGCGGAGAAAUAUGGAGACAGAGUUGCAGUGGUGGAUCCAUACCAUCAUCCCCCAACUACUCUCACUUACAAACAGCUGGAGCAAGAGAUACUGUAUUUCGCGGAAGGAUUGAGGAUGAUGGGGUUGGAGCCACAAGAGAAGCUUGCCCUUUUUGCUGAUAAUUCCAGCAGGUGGCUUGUUGCAGACCAAGGGUCAAUGGCUAUGGGAGCAGUCAAUGUCGUGAGAGGAACAAAAUCAACUACUGAAGAGCUACUGCAGAUAUACACUCACUCUGAUAGCAUCGCGCUUGCUGUGGACAACCCUGAAUUACUCAACCGAGUCGUGGGAACAUUAUGUUCAAAUGCAACAGUUAAGUUUGUCAUUCUGCUUUGGGAAGAGAAGCCAUGCCAGGAUACGCUUGGGAUCAAGGGGCUGCCUGUUUAUAGUUACCAAGAGAUCAUUGAUUUGGGACGUGAAAGCUACAAAGCUUUAUCUGAUUCCGAUCAUACAAGGUCAAUGUAUACACAUGAAACCAUAAGCUCUGAUGAUGUUGCUACACUUAUGUAUACAAGUGGAACUACUGGAAAUCCCAAAGGUGUCAUGCUUACACAUAGGAAUCUGUUGCACCAGAUAAAUUCUCUGCGCGACAUCAUUCUUCCUCAACCUGGGAACAGACUUGUGAGCAUGCUUCCAUCUUGGCAUGCGUAUGAACGAGCUGGCGAGUACUUCACUUUUGCAUGUGGUGUUGAGCAAGUCUACACAACUGUGAUGAAGUUAAAGGAUGAUCUACGGCGUUACCAACCACAUUACAUUUUUUGUGUUCCUUUAAUAUUUGAGACACUCUACAGUGGGAUUCAGAAACAGAUUUAUAGCAGUUCUAUGCUUCGCAAGGUUGUUCUACUUACUCUACUAAGAGUCAGCUCAACUUACAUGGACAUGAAGCGAAUCUACGAGGGAAUGUAUUUAACAUCAGAAGUGCAGCAGCCAUCACGUCUUGUUGCGUUGGUAGACUGGCUAUGGGCACGAAUAAUUGCUGCAAUAUUGCUGCCACUGCAUAUGCUGGCUAAGAAGAUUAUCUACAGCAAGAUCCACUCUGCUAUUGGAAUAAGCAUGGCUGCUAUUAGUGGAGGUGGCAGUUUACCUUCACAUGUUGAUAGAUUCUUUGAGGCGAUUGGUGUAAAUUUACAGAAUGGUUAUGGAAUGACAGAGACAGCUCCAGUUACUGCAGCUCGACGACUUAGCCAUAAUGUUCUUGGUUCGAUUGGACAUCCACUUAGUCACACAGAGUUCAAAAUUGUAGAUGCUGAGACUGGUGAAUCUCUUCCACCCGGCACAAAGGGAAUUGUAAAAGUUAGAGGUCCACAAGUGAUGAAAGGUUAUUACAAGAAUCCGCGGGCAACAGAACAAGUCCUGGACAAAGAUGGAUGGAUGAACACUGGUGAUAUAGGAUGGAUUGCUCCUCAUCAUUCAAUAGGGCGGAGCAGAAACUGCGGUGGGAUUAUUGUACUUGAAGGGCGUGCUAAAGAUACUAUCGUUCUUUCUACAGGCGAAAAUGUCGAGCCCUUGGAGAUUGAGGAAGCAGCUAUGAAGAGCAAUCUUAUUCACCAAAUCGUUGUUAUUGGUCAGGAUCAACGCCGUUUGGGAGCCAUAGUAGUCCCAAACAAAGAAGCAGCAUUGUUGGCUGCUCCAAUGGCAUCGAUUGUGGACGCUGAUGCUGAUGCUGCUGCACGAACCAAGGAUGAACUGACGAGGUUGAUUUAUGAUGAAUUGCGUACCAGGACAGCAAACUGCACGUUUCAGGUCGGUCCAAUCCUGAUGAUCGAUGAGCCUUUCACGAUUGAGAAUGGGCUGUUGACUCCAACCAUGAAAAUCCGAAGGGACAGAGUGGCUGCCAAAUAUGAACAACAGAUUGCCAAUCUCUACAAGCAGUAA